AUGGCUCUGCCAAUAGAGAGCAAACUGUCCAUAGCGACUAAUAGGAUCGAGAGGCUAAAGUCACCCUCAUCUUCAUCGACAUGCUCGAUGGACGAAGUACUCAUUACAUCGAGCAACAACAGCAGCUCUAUUUGUUUAGAUGCAAUACGCCAACUUCCUCGGGAAGGCAUCUCCGGUGCAAUAAAUGUUUCGAAGGGAACUACUUCUUCGAAUGCUCUUUUUCCCAAGCAUGAUCUCCUCGAGCACAUAGAUCCCCUUCCAGCUCAUCCACCAAGCUAUCAUUCAGUUAAUCCAAACAAAGAGGUGCGCUUUCCGACGUUUAGCGAUACCGCACCAUGUCUCAAGACUUCUUUACCUCCUUUGUACGCACCGGCAGUAAACGAGUUGACCUUAAUAUCGUUAAAAUUGGAGAGACUUUCUCCCUAUGAACUGUCCAGUAACAGGAGUUGGAAGAAUUUUCUUUUAGAGAUUAAUUCAACCCAGUUAAAUUUUUACCAUAUUGAUGAUUCUUUGACAAAACAUAUUAGGAACUAUUCGAGUGGAGAAACAAAGUUCGAAAAAGAGAACAGGAACAACACCGAAUCUUCCCAUCGCAGCGAUCAGUCGCAGCAUUUGCAUCACCGCUUGUUUACUCUGCCUACGAGAUCUGCGUCAGAUUUCAAGAGAUCGGAUCAGGAACGCAUCUCUUUUAGAGUUAAACGCGACCAAUCUCGUUACUUGACAAACGAGGCCCUUUACAAGUCAUUCACCUUACAAAACGCAAGAUUUGGUAUACCAACGGACUAUACCAAAAAAAGCUUUGUGCUGAGAAUGUCAUGUGAAAAUGAACAGUUUUUAUUGAAGUUUUCUCAUAUAGAUGACCUGAUAGACUGGUCUAUGUACUUGUCUAUCGGUAUAUCAGUGUCGUUAGAUUUGGAAAUCAGGGAAUAUCCAGACUACCGAGUAGUCCCUAGAAGGAGAAGAAGGAGACGAAGAAGAAGAAGAAGGAGAAGAAGACAUACUCAAAGAAGUGAAAGCUCGAUGGGCUCAUUCUCGCAACGAUUCAUUCGUUCCAAUUCUAGGCCAGAUCUAGUUCAAAGAUACAGUACCGGAUCAAAUACUAACAAUGCUAAUCUUAGAGAACGCUCGAACACUUUCACAACCGGUCUACUCGAUUAUUACUGCUCCGGCUUAUCGAUCUCGUCUGACGCUUUAUCAGCGUCUUCUGGUGUAUCGAGAGAAGUCACUGAUAGUAAUACAUUUGAAUUAUCGAGAUCUUCAUCUGGAUGCUCAGUCUCUCGUUCAAUUGCAUCUAGAAGCCUAAAAUUUAAAAUCAAGAAUUUUUUUAGGCCCAAAACUUCUUCACAAACAGAAAAGCUUCACAGACUUAGGUCAAACUCAAGUAACCUGAAUAGUGUAAUUGAAACAGAAGAAGAGGAUGAUCGGUUUGAACUUAAUGGAGGAAACAAUUUAGAUCAUCGUGUUUCAGUAAAUACUGUAAGUACGGUGGAACUUCCAUCGUGUAUAGAAAGAGCCGUUCCUCCGCCUCAAAUACAACCAUUAAGGCGCGCAAUUAGCGAAGAGGUGGUUCCUAUUGGGUUCCCGAAUAGUGCUACAGUCAAUAAAAUGGCUUCUCCGAUUCCUGAGUUAGUCGAUACUACACCCACUAGUGAGCAAUCAUUUGUCGAUGGCUGUGAAAUUAUGCUACAGUCACAAAACUCAGUAAUGAAAGAGGAAUUACAAAGUGUUGUUUCGACUUUGGCAGUUAAUGAAAAGAAUGGGGUGCCGAUUAGAGCAGCUUCUCGAAGUCCUUCAUCAUAUGUGUCUGAAAUGGCCUUUGAUGGUGAUUUUACGACGGAUUUGUCUCAAAGUAGUAGAUCAGUUUCUCUCGCAGAGAGUAACUCUCAGGUGAAUGGACACGAGAGUGUUAGCGGGACUGAUGACGAAAGUGAUGACGAUAGUGAAGAUGAUAUUAACGGUAGCCAUGUUCAUGGUAGUGAAAGUGAUUAUCCAAGCUUAAUGGAACAGAGAAUGAGAAAUAGAAGGCGGGCAUCUUCUACUUUAAGCUGUCUAUCAAAUAUUCCGUAUGGAACUGACGAUGUAAAAUGGAAACCACCCGUUAAGGAGGUCUCAAGAAGACGUUAUUUAAGAGAUUCUUUGAAGUGCAUCAAACCAUUUUUGGAUAGCAAUGACUGCUUGGGUAAAGUUAUUUAUAUCCCUGUUCCUGGUCCUGCUUUCCGAACUAGUAAUACGGUUAAUGUUUGCAGUAGUCAUGGUUUGGUAAAGAAUCACUUCUUAAAGGGUUAUAUCGUUGGACCUACAGAGUUAAUAGAGCUUAACUGUAAAAACAAGAGCGCAAUUGCUGGGAUAGCAAAAGACGUAGAAGAUGAAGACGAGGACGAUGGCAAUGAUGAUGAUUGCAAUACCGGUGAUGGUGACGAUGAUGACGAGGACGAUGAUGAUGAUGAUGACGAUGACGAUGACGAUGAUGACGAUGAAGAUGACGAGGAGCAGAAUGCUGCAUGA